AACACUAACUCUUUCCUGUCCGCUUAUACUUACUCCAGGAUUACUGCUGGACAAUCCACCGAUCUUAGUAAAAAUUUGGCAACCUCUUAAAUCCAUCAAUAACGUUCGUGAUGGACAUCUGAGCUUACCAGUAUAACGAUAGGUCUCAUGGGGGCUCGCCUUCCUAAUUUCGUCCUUUGUUGUACAAUAACAACUGAGAAAGCAUGGAAGAAUAUGUUUCUCUUACCUCGCCCAACACGCCAGUGUCCCCUCUUAGCAAUGCUUGCACCAGCCCAGGUGAACUGCAUGCUUCUAUGUCUGGAAAAGUUUGUGGAGUCUGCGGAGAUAAGGCUUUAGGUUGCAAUUUUGGAGCCACUACUUGUGAAUCCUGCAAAGCCUUCUUUAGACGUAAUGCCCUGAAAGGAAAGGAAUUUCGUUGCCCAUUUGAAAGCAACUGUAAAAUAGAUGCUGUUACACGCAGGUUCUGUCAAAAGUGCAGACUCAAAAAGUGCCUUGAUAUUGGUAUGAAAAAGGAGUUUAUCAUGUCUGAAGAAGAACGAACUGUAAAAAGAAGAAAAAUAGAAGAAAAUCGUAUGAAGAAAACUAAACCAGGCAGGACAAAUAACCCAAAGAACAACCCAAAACAACUGAUUCAUCUCCUAAAUGGCGGUGGGAGCAAAACCAACCAGAGAAAAAGUGACAUUAAAUCUGAAGCCGAAUCAAGUUUCUCUGACUCUGAUGUCACUACUAGUCCCCCAGAUAACUCUUCUGAGGGGUUCCACGAAAGCCCUGUCUCCUUGAACAAAGGGACAUUAAUGAAUAAUCGUCAUCAGUUGGCAUCUGAACCCAUAGGCAGGACGCUUGAAAUGUCUCCCCCAGAAGAAUGCCCAGAAGAAAGCUCUCCGUCCACUGCCAAUGGCUUGAUGCGCAGUCACUCCAUGAUGAGCGUGGCUGAUGCCUUCAAUAUCAAUCUACAAACCAUGGAUGCUUUGCUGAAUACUGCCAUUUCAGCGGAAUACAACGUUGUAGUCGACUUAGUUCGGGGUAAAGAUACCAGUCCAUUGUCACCCGUACGCGACCGCCAACUCAAUGAACUAGAAGCAGCCAAACUACAGGAACUGGUUGUUGCCAAUAAAGCUCUCCUGGCACCAUUAACGGAAGACGGCCCUGUAAAUCUUCAUUACGACUCUGGAGAUCCCACAUUACUAAAUGUUAUAAAUCUAACUGAUAUCGCCAUAAGACGAAUCAUCAAAAUGGCCAAGAAAUUAGCGGCGUUCAAGACCCUUUGCCAAGAAGACCAGAUCGCUUUGUUGAAAGGUGGGUGUACCGAGCUAAUGAUUCUACGAGCUGUGAUGUCUUACGACGCCGACAAAGGCUGCUGGAAGAUUCCCCAUACAGAGUCCCACAUGAACCACAUCAAAGUGGAGGUGCUGAAAGAGGCUCGAGGUAACGUGUACGAAGAGCACCAGCGCUACAUUCAGUCAUUCGAUCCACAUUGGCGCUCGGACGAGCAAAUUAUGCUCUUGCUCUCUGCCAUUACAUUAUUCGACCCGAAUCGGCUUCACGUUAUACAUCGGGAUGCCAUCAAAUUAGAACAGGAAUCCUAUUACUAUUUGCUGAGACGCUACUUGGAAUCGGUGGUGGGUGGAUGCAAGGCCCGCUCCAUGUUUCUCAAGUUGAUAGCCAAAGUCUCUGAAUUGCACAUACUUAAUGAUAACCACGUCCGAGUUUACUUGGAUAUGAACCCCAAAGAGGUGGAGCCUUUGCUCAUAGAAAUCUUCGACUUGAAAUCCAGAUGAUGCUGACGAUCUCAGUCGUCUAGUCAUUU